GAAAGAGAAUUCAGAUUGAAGGAGAGUCGUGCUUUUAUUUCAACGACCGUCUUCCUAGUGAAAGUGAAAGUAAUAAAGUCUUAUCUAUAGCCUUGUGUACUUUCACAGCAGAUGCGGAGAAAAGAGAACAGCAGACAAAGCAGAGCGGAGUUCGCUUCCCUUUCUUCUUCUUAUACCCUGCAGAGCAAAAACAGUUUUGUGUGCAGGAAGCAGCUAUGGCCAGCAAUAGAGCGACAAUGCCAGCCCCUGUGUGUCUGAUAGAGAACAGCUCCACUGGACAGCUUCGUGUGAACCAGCAGGCGCUGGAGAUCCUGUCCCAGAUUGACCAGCCGGUGGUGGUGGUGGCUAUCGUGGGCUUGUAUCGCACAGGCAAAUCCUACCUCAUGAACAAGCUGGCUGGGAAGAGAUCGGGAUUCUCCCUGGGGUCGACCGUACAGCCCCACACUAAAGGCAUCUGGAUGUGGUGUGUCCCUCACCCAUGUAAACCCGGCCACACCCUCGUGCUGCUCGAUACGGAGGGGCUGGGAGACGUGGAGAAGGGAGAUCAGAAGAAUGAUAACUGGAUCUUCACGCUGGCUGUGCUGCUCAGCAGCACCUUGGUGUACAACAGCAUGGGCCCCAUCACCGACAGCUCAGUGCAGAAUCUGCUCUGUAUGAAGGAGCUGGAGGAACAUCUGAAAGUAAGAGCAGGAGAUGGCAGCCUGGACAUCUUGAAAGUGUUUCUUCGUUUCUUCCCCUCUUUCGUUUGGACGGUGCGAGAUUUCACUCUGAAUGUGUGUGUCGAUGGGAAACCCAUCACAGCCGAUGAAUACCUCAGUAACUGGUUGAGGGUGAAAACAGGUGCUUCAGAUGCAGUCCAGGCCUAUAACUUGUCCUGCAGGUGCAUCCAGAACUACUUUCCCAGUCGGAAGUGCUUUGUGUUUAAGAAGCCCACCUCCACAGGGAUGCUGGAGAGGAUUGAGGAACUCACUGACAAAGAUUUGGAUCCAGCAUUCGUAGAACAGACCAAGAACUUCUGUUCUCAUAUCUUCAACAACACUGAAACCAAGACUAUGAUCGAGGGUUCCACUGUCACUGGCAGAUUGCUGGGGAGACUGACAGAGAUAUAUGUGGAGACCAUUGGCAGUGGGCAGACCCUUUGUCUGGAUAAUGCUGUUCUGGUCGUGUCUCUCCUUGAGAACUCGGCCGCAGUGCAGAGUGCCCUCACUCACUACAAGGAGCAGAUGAAAGAGAGAGUCUCCUUUCCUAGUCACACCCAGAAGGAGCUUUCUGAUUUGCAUGACCAGUGUGAGUCCGCAGCUAUACGGAUCUUUCUGGAGCGCUCUUUCAAGGAUGAGGGUCAGCAACACGAGUUGGAGCUCAUGAGGCUCCUGCAAGAGGAAUUGGAAUCAAUCUGUACAAGAAAGAGUUUUCCGAGUGACCAGGAGCACGUUACAGACAUUCUUGUGAAGCAGCCUGAGAAAUGGAAGCUGAAGGAUUAUGAAUCAGCCAGCCAUUCCACAGUGAGGCACAGGAGUGACCAGCCAGCCAGCCAUUCCACAGUGCCGCACAGGAGUGGACAGUCAGCCAGCCAUUCCACAGUGCCGCACAGGAGUGGACAGUCAGCCAGCCAUUCCACAGUGCCGCACAGGAGUGGACAGUCAGCCAGCCAUUCCACAGUGCCGCACAGGAGUGGACAGUCAGCCAGCCAUUCCACAGUGCCGCACAGGAGUGGACAGUGGACAGAAACAGCUAUAGGUAACAAUACAGUGGCAAUGCCAGCCCCUGUGUGUCUGAUAGAGAACAGCUCCACUGGACAGCUUCAAGGGACCAAGCAGGCGCUGAAAAUCCUGUCUCAGAUUGACCAGCCGGUGGUGGUGGUGGCUAUCGUGGGCUUGUAUCGCACAGGCAAAUCCUACCUCAUGAACAAGCUGGCUGGGAAGAGAUCGGGAUUCUCCCUGGGGUCGACCAUACAGUCCCACACUAAAGGCAUCUGGAUGUGGUGUGUCCCUCACCCAUGUAAACCCGGCCACACCCUCGUGCUGCUCGAUACGGAGGGGCUGGGAGACGUGGAGAAGGGAGAUCAGAAGAAUGAUAACUGGAUCUUCACGCUGGCUGUGCUGCUCAGCAGCACCUUGGUGUACAACAGCAUGGGCACCAUCACCGACAGCUCAGUGCAGAACCUGCACUAUGUGACUGAGCUGACAGAACAUCUGGAAGUUAAGGCAGGAGAUGGGAAUCUGGAUAUCUCAUCAGAAUUCGCUCGUUUCUUCCCCUCCUUCGUCUGGACGGUGCGAGAUUUCUCUCUGGACCUAAUUCAUGAUGGGAAGCCUAUCACAGCCGAUGAAUACCUGAAUAUUUCCUUGAAGCUAAAAACAGGUUCAUCCAGGGACGUUAAGACCUAUAACUUGCCACGUGAGUGCAUCCGAAAUUACUUCCCCAGUAGGAAGUGUUUUGUGUUCAAACGUCCCACCUCCGAUGACAAGAUGAAGAUAAUUGAGGAGCUGACUGAUAGCGACUUGGAACCAGCAUUUGUAGAACAGACCAAGAACUUCUGUGCCCACAUCUUCAACAACACUGAAAACAAAACAAUGAAAGGAGGAUUCACAGUCACUGGCAGAUUGCUGGGGAGACUGGUAGAGACGUAUUUGGACACCAUUACCAGUGGGAAGGUCCCUUGUCUGGAUAAUGCUGUUCUAGCCCUGUCUCAGAUUGAGAACUCGGCCGCAGUGCAGAGUGCCCUCACUCACUACAAGGAGCAGAUGAAAGAGAGAGUCUCCUUUCCUAGUCACACCCAGAAGGAGCUUUCUGAUCUGCAUGGCCUUUGUGAGGACGCAGCUGUACGGAUCUUUUUGGAGCGCUCUUUCAAGGAUGAGGAUCAGCGAUACCAGUUAGAGCUCAUGAAAUGUUUGCAGAAGGAGUAUGAAUCAAUCUGUUUAAAGAAUAAAGAGGAAUCAGAGAAAUGUUGCAAGGCACUCAUUGCAAGUCUCUCCAGGAAUGUAGAAGACAAACUGAGCUCAGGUCUCUACAUGGAAAUAGGAGGGUACAAGCAGUACAAGAGUGACAAGGAGUGCUUCAUCAGGCAAUACAAAGACACACCUGGCAAAGGGAUUCAGGCAGAUGAAGUUCUGAAGGAAUAUCUGCAUGGAAGCGAGACAAUGGGUAACAUGAUUCUUGCUGCUGACAAGUCUCUCAGCAAGCAACAGAAACGUAUAGAAGAGGACCAAGCUAGGCGUGACGCUGUGGAGCAGGACAGACGGGCAAUGCAGGAAAAUCAAAAGCUUCUGCAGCAGCUGCUCUACGACCAGGAGAGAUCCUACAAGCAGAACAUGGAGCAGCUUCUGCAAAAGAUGAAGCAGGACCAACAGCAUGCCUCAAAGGAGUAUGAGAAAGUGCUACAGGCUAAACUCAGGGAGCAGCAGCAUCUUCUAGAGAGCGGUUUUCAUGAGAAGGCAAAGAAACUGGAGAAAGAAGUCAGGCGCCUGAAAGACAAGAAGGAGGAGACACAAUCCAGGUCCACCUUAAGCACUGCCGUGGAAACAGUUGGCAACGUGGCUUCUUUGUUUUUACCAGGAAUAGCUGGAAGAGCACUCGGACUUGCCAGUUCUUUUUUUUCACGCUUGUUUUGAUUAAAUGGGCUUUGAUACAAAAUGGUGCAUUUAUCCACAUAAAAUGUGUAUGCAGAUAU